AUGGAUAGUGGAGACGUAGUCUACGUCGUUUGCCAUGGCUCUGCUGGGGAUGUACCGGUGACGGGCUGGAUUGUUGAGCUGGCUGGGAGUGAAGCUUUCUUGGCUACCCCGGUGUCUUCGGUCACUGGAGUGCCUAAUCAAGCGAAGGGCAAGAGCCACGGAGCAGAGAUUGCUUUUAUUCGGGUCCCGACUAACACCAUUAGUUUGAGCCGCCCUGACAAUUGGAGCGGACUGAGACUGAAGGACCUCCCCCCUUGGGAGGCGUCGGUUGCCGCAUGGAAGCAGGUGACAGCGGGCAAUCUUUCCAGCAGCGAGGCCGAGCGACCGGCCACAAAGGGCAGCCGCCCUGCCAAGAGCCGACCAGCCUCCUACCUCCGCCCUGGGGCCCCGGCUUCGUCGCGGGCUCGUGUGACCAAGGAGGCCAAGCCGAAGAAGGACAUCAAGGAAACUCCGGAUUUGAGGACCUUGUUAGCCCAAAGCCUGGCCAGCGGCCAGAGCAGCAGCGAGCUGAUGCCCCUCAUGAUGAUGACCAUGUUGCUCGAGAAGGACAAGAAGGGGAGCCGGCGACGGCGAGAUCGGGCAAGCGGCAGCUCCGAUCUCCUUGGUGGUGGCUCCUCCGACGAUUCGGAGGCCGAGGACGACCUCCGAGGAAAGGGGAUGCGGGCGGUGUCCACGUUACACCGCUUGCAAGCUCAGGUGCAGAAGCGGCCCCGCAAGGUAUGCGAGAUCUUCGAGAAGGAGGUGAUCGAGGAGUUGGGGGUGGCAGCUGGCCAAAGCUGGACUCUCAGAGACUUCGUGAAACGCCAAUCGUGGGGCAAAUUCAAGGGUAUCUACCGGUGUGCCAUGAUGGAUGUAGCCGCCUACGAGUUGAUCAGACAAGGCAAACCCGACCAAGCAGCAGCCCAAUUGGUGCAGAACUUGAAAGCGAAGAUCCAGAGUGUCCUCGCCCAAGGAGAUUGGCAAGCCGCUUGGUUAUUAACGGGGUUACCCGACCCAAUGGUCAAGAAGGAGUUUGCGGGCACGAAGGAGGAGAUGUCCGUGCUGGCCGACUACAUGUCCUCCCUGGCGAAGCUCAAGAAGCGUGUCAAGGAGGCCCAAAGUCACAGCCAGCACGAGGACGAGGAGGAGGCGACUGGUGCCUCCAAGAAGAAUUCACGUUUUAUCAAUUAUGCAGCCUGGCUGGAACGCGUCCAAGGUACUUUGCUGGUUCGGGCCGGCAACGAUGUGCCGCUUUUCCUUUGUGUUUUGCCCUUUCCUGAGGUGGCCUUUACGGAGGUUGUUAGCGAUAGGGGUCAAGCCCGUGAAUGGUGGGGCCGAGCCUUCGUAAACACGUUUGUGGCUUGGUCAAACUUCGUGGUGCUUGGCUGCCCGCGCCCGGGGAGCUCUACACUGGAGCCGCGAGUGGUGUACCUUGCGGAUGUCCAGGACUUCGCUCUCAAGCUGCUCGGCGAGGUGAGCCAGUUCGCUUCUUUCGAGCUGGUUGCAGGUCUUCUUGAAUGUCAGGGCAAAGGGUCGGUUCUUGAGGACAUGUUGAAGCUCAAUUGUGCAAGCUAUGGUGGGGCUGAGGCGGGGAUUCCUUCGGGGGCCCUUCCUGUGUGCGCCUCUAGGGUGGCGAUUCCUGAUGCGGCGGGUCGUGUUGACCCUUUGGAGUGGUUACCUUCAGAUCAGGCGGCGGUGGUAGGUGAUUUGGAGGCGGUGCGCCUCCCGGAGCAUCUUUGGGAAGACGUUGUAGUUGCUUGUCACCGUGUCCCAGAGGAUGAAGAAAAUGACUUGGCCGAGAAGCUCCUCUCGACUGGCAUGGCCGAGCUCGUCAAGGAGACGGACCUUCCCCAUACUUCCGAGGGCAAGCUUCUUGUGGGCGGCCUUUUCUGUGUUGGGAAAAAUGACUCGGAGGACCGACUCAUCUUCGACCGGCGGCCGGAGAACAGCACUAUGCCGAGGUUGGCGUGGGAGGAGUUGCCGAGUGGAGCCUGUUUUACAAGAAUGCUCCUGGGUCCCGACCAAUACCUGCGUGGUUCAGGCGAUGAUCUCCGGAAUUUCUACUACAUGUUACGACUCCCUCCAGGCUGGGUGCGCUUCAAUUCAGUGGGGCGCCGGGUGUCUUCAGAUGUGGUCAAGAAGCACGGGGGCACUCCUGGAGUGGCUUGGGAUGGGGGAUCGCAACGGCCGGAGAACAAGCUCACCUAUGGCAAGUUUGUCCCCGAGGCUGACUUGUGGGAAGGCGUGUAUCUUGAUGACCUGUUGGUAGCGCUACGUGUGACCUUAGACUCGGUGAUCCCCCUGGAUGGCUCCUUUCAGCCGCCUCCUUUGCAGGCCGACGAUCCGGACAUGGUGCACACGGCUGUGGCUGAGGACGCUUACGAAAAGGCGGGGUUGCAGCGAGCCACUCACAAAGCUUUUCGGGGAGUUACCAGAUUCAAAGCUUGGGGUGCCGAAGUGGAUGGGAUUCGGGGCACCGUGGGCGCUCCAUUGGAAAUGCAGCAACAAGUGUGGUCCCUCAUCGCUAAGACCGUGCAUGCAGGAACAGCCAGCAAAGAGAUUUUGCAGAAACUCCUGGGGUUCAUUGCCUUCAUUUUCCAGUAUAGGCGCGAGAUGUUCAGUUUGAUCCACCACUUGUACAUCUUUGUAGAGAAACUGGUGCCAGGCAAGAAGGUCUGGCUCCCGGCUUUUGUGUUGGACGAGCUGCGCUCAGUGGCCUUGCAUCUCCCGAUGGCCCAGUGGUGUAUGCGAAAGAGGCUGGAUCGCGAUAACUUGAAUCUCGCGGGUGAGGUUGUCGGGAGCUUCUCUUUCCGAAGAACUUCUCACAUCAACUUGCAGGAGGUGGCCCUCAAUGAUUCGUUGGUAGUGGUGGGCUCAGUGAGCAAGGGGCGCUCCUCUUCUUUCAAGUUAAACAGAGUUCUCAGGGGUCAACUUCCAUUUCUGAUCUUUGCCGUCCGGUGGCUUUGGUUGGCGCCGCCUCUCCGGACCUUCUCUACUCUGCACAAGUCCUGUGUUACAGGUGAGUGGCGACCUCGUGGUCUGCCCGAGGGUGAUGGAACAAGGUGGCCAUUUCAUCCUGAUCCAUCCGCAGCUCAGCAAGGCCUGGCAGAUGAGGACCACCGAGCUUUUCAUGCAGUCUGA